AUGCCAAUAGGGGAGCUAGCUUCCUUAUCUAAGGAAGGGGAGGAGGAGGAGGAGGAGGAGGAUGAGCAGCAGCAGCAGCAGCAGCAGCAGCAACAAUUAUUGCUCCAGCAGCAAUUGCAGCAGCAUCUACAACUGCAGCAGCAGCAGCAGCAGCAAAAUGAUGAUCUUAUAGAUUUUAGGGAAUUUCUUGCUGUUAAUCCUUCUCUUAUACAGCAGCAGCAGCAGCAGCAGCAGCAGCAGCAAAUACUGUUACAGCAGCAGCAAGAAUUACAACAGCAACAGCAACAAUUGCAGCAACAAUUGCACCAUCAGCAGUUGCAGCAACAGCAGCAACAGCAACUGCAGCAGCAACAGCAACAAUUGCAGCAACAACAGCAACAAUUGCAGCAGCAGCAGCUCUUACAACAGCAGCAACAGUUAUUGCUGCAGCAACAACAACUGCAGCAACAACAGCAACAACUACUGCAGCAACAACAAAUACUACUGCAGCAGGAACCACAGCAGCAGCAGCAGCAGCAGCAGCAGCAGCAGACACAAUACCCACCAACGCCAGCAGCAAAGACACCACUUAAAUUUAGUAAGAAACACACAGAGGAGGAAGAAGCAUAA